ACGGAACUGAAGACGAGAAAUGGAGCGGUUGCCCGUGCUGUCUCCCGUCUCAUCGUCAAGCACUGCAGUUCGCGUCGGCACUCAAGCACACCUUCCCUUUGAGAGUGAGCAACACUGCAAGCAAGGGUGCAAGGGCAACAAGCUCCGAGGACUGGGACACGGCAUGAAGCGAACUUUACGACUUUUGUUUUUCUUUUCUCGCAACGAACUGAAUCUCAAACAACGUCCUUCCUUCCCGUCCAUGAUCGACGUCCCACUGCUCCUGCUGCAGUGCUGCAACUCGAGAUGUGCCUCACCUCACCGUCCCUGGUCCCGGUCGAGGUUCAUUUGAAAUUAUUACCUGACCCACAAAGACGGGCAUCGAUUUCAGCCAUCAUUGUUUACAUCCCAUAGUAUGUAGGAUGCGAAAACUCCAAUGGUCAAGUCACGAUAGGCAGUGAUUGGCUGUCGCUGACGGAUCUUCCACUUACCUCUCGUCUCUGUCCUCUCUCUCUCUCUCUCUUUCUGCACACUACCAUAACCCACACAUCUCUCGGCUGUGUCUGGAUUUCUUAGCACUUCAGCGACCAGAGGGCACAGUACACUAGGGACACAACUACCCAGUGGUCCAAGCCCAAGAGACGAACAAAUCCAUAGGCUGACUUGAGCCACGUGUCGACCGUGUUGCUGUUUCACGUCAGAUUCUCGCAGCCAGCCUUCCGCUUUGAUAGAGGACCCAUAUGAUCUGGCCGAGUCCGCCUGAGUCCUCCCUUCCACUACACUGCCUUUUCAGCUGGAGACCAAGACAUCCAAGAGAACAUGGCUGACUUUUUCGGGCGGGCUCGGAUGCCCAAUGGACACCAAUGAGUUCGGACGGGCAUGAAAUAUCAUCAAUGACGUGCCUUGCGCUAGAUACACUAUAUCCAAGAGCGGCUUUCCGGCAUCCCCGGCCGCCUUAGUUGCCGACCCUCGCUCCUUAGUACAAUCAAUGGCUACAUACUUAUCUAUCUAGCCUUAGCUUCCUGCCUUGCUGCCUUUGAGACAGACUUUUCCAGGCCGGGUUUGAGUUGAACCCGGUCGGCCUCUUCUUCCCGUCCUGUGCUGCAGUUACUCUUAUCGACGGGUGCAGGUCGGAGUGUUGUUCCUCGUGGUACUACCUACCUACCUACCUCUACCUACCUUACCUCUACCUGCUUCUACUCUGUCCCUUGAAGGCGGGCAGGCAGGUCUCGGUCAUCAACAGCAAAACGACUGGGCUAGCAACAACAGCAAGCCGGCCAGGAAGGAACUGAAGCGACAAGGACUCGCUCCUGCCCGGCCUAGAACUACUAGGUGUCCUGGACUGGGGUCUCGGAGUGGACUACAGUAGUAAAGCGAAGAACCUGGGGGAACGCUCCUUCCCAGUCGCCCUCUCUCGUAUCGCCCACGGCAUCUGGCGAUAACGAACAAUCUUGCACCAUCCAUCUUCAAGCCCAUGGAAAAUUUCUGCCCCGUUCUUUUCGUCUCCGACCCCUCUUCGAAAGAAAGACUUCUUCCCUCGCAAUGUUCUGGUUGGUAGUACUUUGUCAGUCGGUCGUGGAAAGGAAAACGGCUCCAACCUUUUUUGGUUUCUUGGUUUCUCGGUCAACUACUCUCUAGCACGCAUCGUGCAUUAUCUUUUCGUCGUCACGGGGUCUUACCGCUGCGUUGCUCUUAAUUACAUACCAUGUUUCGAUAAGGGCCAGUGCAUCAUCUGGAACACUCGACUCGGAGAGGAUUGGAGCCCACGGAUCCGAGAUACUAUCUGCCGUGCUGCGGUUGCUGCAGGAGCACUUGGACUCGAGUCUCAUCACGGUCGGUGCAGGUCAUCUGAGCUUCAACCAAAGGGUUUCAAGUUUGGAGUGUUGAGCCUCCUCUGGUCUGGCUCUGGGCCCUCCUUCUACCUGCUCCUCUUUUUUUUUUGUUUUUUGUUUUUUUCUUGGAACCUCCUCUCGACCGCUGGAUCCAACCCACAAUGGCAGCCCCUGGACCCAAUGUCGAUACCCAUGUCGAUCCAGUCACCAAGCCUUUACCGCCAUCUCCUUAUGCUCUACCGAUAAGCGCCAUUCAUACCCCCUUCGACCCUAAUGGGAACCCGCUGCCGUUGCUGUUAACAUCAGACGAGACACAACCACUCGACCAUGUACGGGAAGAUCCUACAGUCACGGAAGAAAAAGACGUCAGCUCCAGCCCUACUGUGGCCGUGGUGGAUGUGAGCGAGCCCAAUGAGUGGGAUACUUUGGAUACGAUACACGACUUUCAAGAUGCCGUUGCACGUCAUCAGGCCCUGGAAAGUAGCAACCAUGUCUACCGGCAACCAACAGCAAUACCAUGCGAGCCUCCAGCCAGUAAGCCCUCGAAACAGAACCGGCCGUUUCAAAAGUGGAUCAAGACUCUGCACAAACGAGCAGUUCGCCGUCGGGAAGCCAUGGGUAACGAGCAUGCUUCCACGUCUUACUACUUCAACCUCGACGGGGCGGGCUCGACAGCCUGGGGACCCGGCCACUACCGACCGUCUUCUUCAACAUCCUCUUUUGGUUUCGUGACGGCCGUCAAAAGCGCCAGUAUAUCUCUGACUAGUGCCAGCACUAUUCUGACGCGCUCCCGGAGAAACACCGUUCGAUCAUCCCGUGGCCAGUCGAGGACAGAACGCAGCAGCAGAGCUUCUCUCUCCGGUGCGCGGCUUUCUGAAGAUAGUUAUUGUCCGGAGCGACAGUUGAUGGUGGAUCCUGCGGCUAUAGGGAGGUCGUUGCAGCGACGCCGGGUUCUGGAGGAGCUCAUCAACACGGAAGAGAGUUAUAUUGGAGAUGUGCGCUUCCUGAUGAAUGUUUAUGUUACCAUUCUUGCUUCGCUUCCUACCUUGCCAGCCAGCCUUCGCUCUUCUAUCAAUCAAAAUCUCAAUGACAUUGUUGAGCUGCAUGAGGAGAUGUUAGGCGACCUUCAUAGAGCUAUUCCUCACUCUGAGUAUACACAGCUCAAAUUCCCACUGCAAGUUCCUUCGGCCGGCUCGGGGUUUCGUGGUCAUCAGCGAUGGAGAAGUCUGGAUGCAGUACCAGAAGACAAGGAUGGCAUCUCAUGGCUUCGUGAAGUUCCCGGCAUGCUUGCCGACCCACAGAUUGCUGCUGAAGUUGCCAAGAUAUUCAGCAAGAAGAUGAACCGAUUUUUCAUCUACGAAGAGUAUGGUGCCAAGUACGAGCUGAUGAUCAAAGAUGUUGCUUCUGCUCACAGGACAAUGCCUGCAUGGCAAUCAUAUCAAAAGGGCAUUGAGAUUCUGGCUUCCUCUCUUAGCUCGGCUAACAGUCAGGACGACAAACAGAGGAAAAGUCUCACGAUUGGGGAUCUGCUCAUGAAGCCAAUCCAGCGUGUGUGCAAAUACCCAUUGCUCUUCGCCGAGUUGCUAAAACACACUCCUGAGGCAGACUGCCCCUAUUCUCAUAUGGAAAUCGAAAACACGCUUAUUCGGUUGCGUGAGGCUACUGCCGAAAUCAACAAAGCUACGGAUGAUUCUAAAAUCAAGUCCACUCUGGAGAAAACAUGGAUCCUCCAAGACCGUCUGGUGUUUCCUAAUCAGCAACUGGAUGCAGCUUCAAAGAAUCGCAUUCGAUCAUUCGGCCAUAUCCAACUGUGCGGAGCUCUGCAUGCCUGUUGGCAGACAAAAGAAGGCGUCAAUGGGCAGUACAUGGUUGCUCUACUCUACAAGGAAUGGUUCUGUCUAGCUACAGCUAGUAGGACUGACCAGAUAUACACGAUCCAAGCUUGCAUUGCUUUGAGCAACGUCAAGUUGGAAGAAGUGGACAACGGUCGAGGCCUUCAAUGUCACACCGCGCCAUAUUCCUGGAAACUCGUGUUUCUCUGCGACCACCAGUUGUACGAGAUCAUCUUGACAGCAUGCACGCCGAAAGAGGAGGUGGAAUGGCGUACACGCCUCGGAAACCAACAGACCACCGAGGGCCAAGACCAGAUGCAACCGGCAACUUUUAGCUCGCUUUCUCUGAAUAUCAAGACUCUGGGAGCUGUUUUUAGAAAGCCAGGAACCAUUGCCAGGAAGAUAUCUAUACAUCGAGCGACCACCGUCGGGCCCAAAUCCCCGUUAUGCCAAGUGAUACUCAAGAAUACAAGUGUCGUCAAGGAUGCACCCGCUUCGGGAACAAACUCCUCAAUCAGUCGAUCUCAGUCCCUUCUGACCACCAAUACCCGACUGCCAGUCCUUGCGCCACCUCGUGAAGAACGGGCUCGACUCGAGGCUCUGCUGUCAGAUGUCUGGACCCGGGAUAUCCUCCCCUUCCCCGGGAUAACGGCCCGAUCCCGAAGCGAGCAGCUAGUCCGAGCAUCCGCUUCAUCCAUGAUACGAAAGCUAAGUGUGGUGAGCAUUACGAGCAGCUUCACCAAACGCUCGGCCAGUUUGACCAGUCUCCCACGCAAAGGAGGGAGUGGCAGCAACUGCACAGAAGAGGAAUCUUGUGUCGGCUCUACUUCCACCAAGGGUACAACAAGCCCCAAAGUCCUGAGCAGAGUCUGCCACAAGGCGGAGGAAACCAGCCGUUCUCUACUUUCCGUGAUACCCGAUAAGAUCGAGAGACGUAGUCCUAUGCUUCGCAGCGCGUCUGACUCGGUAGGCAAAGAGAUGUUUAGUGUGGUACGUCAGGUAGACCGAGGUCACGUUCGGUCAGAGAGCGAAACUGGAGGGGCACAGAUGGUUCAUAAUGAUUUCUCAGGUAUUCUGCAACAUUCAUCGGGAAAUAGCUCAAGAGCGCCGAGUAUCCAGCAGUCAAAUCUCAGCAAGCAGACGACCAGGGAGAUGUCUUUCCGGAGAGGAAAGGAGAAUGAUGGCUCGGCUGGUGACACGGCUAGUGUUAGAGGUAGCGGGAAUAGUAUAUUAUCCGGUGACUCUGAGUACCAGGGGUCGACGCCGAGGAAACUGCGGAAGAGGUCCAAGACGUCAACAUCAACCACGACGGGGAACAAGUGGGCAAAGGUAAACGUGCAUAGGGAGGUUAUGGUGCAAAGCUUGAGGAACAUGUUUCGGUGAACAAAAGAGGUGAAAUAAUGUUUACUGGGUCAGGCAAAAUUUGAUGACGGGCGGCAAGGGCAAGACGGUCGGCAUUAUUGGGUUGGAAAGGUGGCCGGAUAAAAGCAUCUCUUAUAAUACCCGCGUGUUUUUUCUUCUCAUGUUUAUGGCUUCAUGGUUUUACGGACUUAUAAGGAACGACCAACAGGUGUUGAAUACCGUCUCGGCAACGGGGUCAUCUGCUCGUGGAUGGUAUCGAAGUGGGUUGCCAGAUUGUUAUCUCAAAAGUAAUCAGAUACCCAAAUGUUCAAAGUAGUCGUUCGUUUGUGGG